GGGGGUAGAUCGGUUGCUUGGCAACCGGCAACACUGCGGCUUGCGACGCCGCCGUAGCCCCAGCGAAAAGCAAAUGUAUAAUAGAGCCCGGCCGGUGGCGAAAAUUUUUCAUCGGCCACUGAAAGACCAGACGAGCGCAGACAAGCCUAACCAUAAGGACGUUCACAUUCAGUGUUCAGAUACAGAACCAAGUGGUCACCGGUCUUGUGCAGACGUCUCUCAUUCCUGUUAAAAAGCCCACAAAAUCCAGACUAAUACCGCAGUUGAUCUCUCGUUUGUAUAUUAUAUUAACUCCAUUUGAAUUUUUCAUAUUUCAUAUUUCAUAUUUGUUGAGAAAUUGAAUAACCGUCGAGAGUGUUUCUUGUUGGAAUAAUCAAUUUCGUAAAAUAUUGAUAAUAAUAAUAAAUAGGAGAUAAACCGGUUGGUUUUUGGAAAGAUUGGAAAGAGUGAGGGUAGAGGAAGAGAAAGAGAGAGAGAUAACGGCGUCGGGUUUAAUUGGAUUCUCUGAGUAAAGUAGGAAGAAAGGGAGAGAGCAUCUCGAAUAAAGAGAGCAGUACAGAAAGCGUGACGACUCUCGUUAAUAUUUCAUUAUUAUAUCGAUAAGUGGUGAGGAGUUUUUAUAUUAGAGGUACGUAACUGUAUCAGAGAGUUUAAAGAGAUACGUAAAAUGGCGGAAGAGAAGACUGAAACUAGCCCAACGGUUGAGGGUGACAAAAAGCCUCAGGAGCCGACCACUCCCACCAAAAAUGAAGAGAAUGAUAAUACUAAGGACAAUAAGGAAAUUGAGGAUAAAAAAAUUGAGGAGAAUGACGAGGAGAAGCCCAAGGAGAAUGGCGAAGAGAAACAAAUCGCCGAGACGAAGGACAUGCGUGCCAUCGUUCUCAACGGUUUUGGUGGACUCAAAAGUGUCAAGGCCCUUAAGAAACCAGAGCCAACCAUCGCCGAGGGUGAAGUCCUCAUCAGAGUCAAAGCAUGUGGUUUAAAUUUCCAAGAUGUGAUGACACGAAGAGGUGUCACCGACUCGACACCAAAACCACCAUUCAUCCUGGGCUCCGAGUGUGCCGGUGAUAUCGAAGCAGUCGGUGAGGGUGUGGAGAAUUUUCAAGUGGGUGAUCGUGUGGUAGCAUUACCAGAGCAUAAGGCAUGGGCUGAGCUUGCUGCAGUCCCAGCAACAUCAGUCUUCAAGAUUCCAGAUAACAUGAGCUAUUUGGAUGCUGCUGCAAUCACCAUGAAUUACACUGUCGCUCAUAUCCUUCUCUUUGAUGUUGCUUGUUUGACUCCUGGAAAAAGUCUGCUAGUUCACAGCGCCGGUGGUGGAGUUGGUCAAGCUAUCAUUCAACUGGCUAAAACAGUUAAAGAUGUGACAAUUUUCGGUGUAUGCGGAAAGCUGAAGCAUGAGGAACUCAAGGCUCAGAAUACUAUUGAUCAUCUUCUUGAACGAGGCACUGAUUAUUGCAGUGAAGUCAGAAAGAUUUCACCUGAAGGAGUUGACAUUGUAUUGGAUUGUCUGUACGGGGAGGAAUGCAACAAGGGCUAUUCUCUAUUGAAACCCAUGGGAAAAUACGUUUUGUAUGGAUCAAGUAAUCUCGUUACUGGUGAAACCAAGAGCUUCUUCUCGGUUGCUAAAUCUUGGUGGCAAGUGGAUAAAGUUGCACCGAUAAAACUCUUCGACGAGAACAAGACCAUUUCAGGAUUUAAUUUUCGUCAUUUAAUGCAUCGCCAAGGGGGUGAUGAAUUCGUGAAGAAAGCUAUUGAUCAGGUGUUCGCUCUGUGGGAUACCGGUGCUAUCAAGCCGAAAAUAGACUCAACGUGGGCUUUGGAGGAGGUCACUGAGGCUAUGCAGAGGAUGCAUGAUCGAAAGAAUAUUGGGAAGAUAGUAUUGGAUCCGAGUGUUCCCCCGAAACCUAAGCCGACUACACCAGCCAAGGGUAAAGGUAAAGAGAAGAAGAAUGUCACUCAAGAGGAGAAGAAAACAUCGAGUGCAGAGUCUGAGGAGAACAAUGAAAAGAAAAAAGAGCCAGAAUUGACUAAUGGAACUUCUGAGGAUAAAUCAGAUUGUGAUUCUAAGGAGAAGGAGUCCAGUUGAAUUGACCAUUUAAAUUAAUUUAAUAUAAAAUACUGACAGAAAUUGGGAGAUGGAGGCAAAACACAAUCUCGAGAAAUUCAUGCUAUAUUAAAAUUUUUACAACUAGUACAUACUCCUACAGUUCAUUACUAUUAUAUAAAAGCUAUCGGAAAUAAAUGAAAACAAAGCACAGCCUCGAGAGGAAAAAUCGUCCAUUCAUAUUAUGAAUACAACUGGCCAUGAGUCGAUUUUUUGAUGAGUCAGACGAUUAAUUCCAUCACAGAAGAAUUAUUUGGCAUAGACUUUCCAAAGUUAUGAAUCACGGUAAAAUUAAUCCUUCAAUAAAAAAUCAAAGGAAUGAGUGAAUGGAAUAAUCAUCCAAACUAUAUCAAUUUUAAUGCGGUCCACAGUAGUUUGCAGUAUAUAAAAAAUGAAUAUUGAUUUUAUUUUUAAUACCUGAUGACCGAAUAUAUGAGUUAAUGUUGCAUAUGGAGACGAGUGAAACGAAUUAUCUAUUUAACACCUAAUAAUGGAAGAGAGAUGGAAUAAAUAAACGAAAAACUGAAACUGAGGAAAAAACUGCACAUCUAUUCCUAAUAAUACCGCUAACUGCUGCAUAUAAAUUAUCUAUAACAAACGUCUACACACUACAAAGAAAAUGAUAGAUCCUUGCUAAUUGUUAUGUCUGCUCUGUGUAAUGAUUGCUAUCUGCUGCUACCGAAAUGCAAGGCCAUAAUUAGUUUUACUUAUAAAAUAAACUUUUCUCAGAUGCAAAAAAAAAAAAGUGCGUUGUGAUAAUAAUUUUUUGGUAACCUAAACAAUUUACAAACUAAUGUAACUUUCUAUGUAAAUUCUCAGCCGAUAAACUUGUAAAUUUAUUAAGUACAAAGUAACAAAUGAUCCCAUCACGUGAGAUUUAUCUCCAAAAUUGUGGAAAAAAAAAGUGAAAAUUACGGAUUUUUUCUUUUCUAUCAAGAAAAUAAAUAUUUGAUACUUUUUACAAACAUUUAAAAAACGAAGAUCACUUAUUUUUACAAUUUUUAAUCGACAUAUUGAGUGACAAAUAUGCAUAUCUUGGAAUGAAACAAGCGAAGCAAAUAAUUUUUUUACGUGAAUUUUUCUAACAAGCCAUUUUUUAUUGGAAACACUCGGUACUCGCUUGUUUCACAGCAAUAAUAAUGAAUAAAUGAAUGAAUAAAUAAAUAAAUAAUAAGGAUAAUAAUAAAUAAUACUAAUAAAUGAUAAUAUUACCAGUAAUUAUAUCAAUAAUAAUCAAAUACUAUUCGUCAUUGGAUCAACUGCCUAAGAAUGCAAAGUAACACGGAUAUAAAAAUACACUGUGAAAAUGAGCAGAAGAAUAAUAAGUCAUCAGGAAACGAUCAUUUUAUUACAUGAACUAGCAAUAAAAAUGACGAUACACAAUACUUUUUGUACUCUCUCAAAUACUCAAAACCUGAAAAAUACAUCGAAUUUCAGAUAAUGAGUAACAAUUUAUAUUUUACGCAAAGCUUUGAAUGUUUUGACAAAUACCCAUCUAUCUUAUUAUAAUGUAUCUAUAUAUUUAUAACGAUGAUCAUUCUAUCUACGCGUUUAUCUCGUCACUAAUAAAUUGCCAUUUUUUUCAAAAAUACACAUCUCCCGUGUUGUUAUGAUAUUUUAAUUUGACACAACUCUAUUAUCACGUUACCUCAGGAAGAAUAAAUCUCAAAUUGCUAAUUGUGAACUGUAUCAAUAAUCUGUUGAGUGUUUCUACGCGAUGCAUUCAAGAAUUAUUGGUGCAUAUUCCCAUUUUAUUUUUUUUUUUUCACGCGAAUAACGUGAGACAGUGUGAGAUCCUGGGAAUAAGAGCAUGUGAGGAAUGAUUAUUAAUUAGGUGAAAUAAAUGAGAGAAAAAGUGGAAGAAAAAAUAUAUUGACUAUAAUGAGGAUGAUGAUGAUUAUAAUUACAAUAAUAUUCAUAAUCGUAUGGAUAGGAGAAAGCUAGCAUGCUAUUUUAUUUUAUUCAUUCGUAAGGACCUUUAAAGAUGUGCAGUUGGCAGAAAUUUAUCGUAUGUAAU